GUAUAUCCUUGAUUCCUCUUCCUCCAAUUUCCCUUUUGCUUUAUUUGCAAUACUUUAAAACUGGGGCACGACCUUGGAUACCAAGGGCUGCAGAUCUAGUCUUGGGUGUCGAUUUAAUCUCCUUGCUGCUGGUGGUUGUGGGGGUGUGAAUUGAAUGGCAGAUGAAGAACUUGGAUCUAUGCUUAAUCAGGUUCGAAUCUUUGAUGUUCCUAUUGGUAUGCAAUCAGAGCAAAUUGGACUCACAAUAGGGAACUCUUUGGGGAAGGUUCUGGAAUUUGAUGACAGUUUUCACAAGGCAAUCAAAGUUCGAAUUGAUUUGGAUGUGAAUCAGCCCUCAAGAAGAUUUAAAACUUCUCAGAUCUUGAUUACAGAACGACACCUUGAUCAUAACUGUGAAAUUGCCAACAAUAUCAAAGAUGGUGGAGGUAAACUUGUUCAUCUAUAUGGAUCAUGGUUAAAGGCUAAAUUGGAACACUCAUGGUGCCCAGAUGAUCUUGAUAUAUUAGAUGGAACCUUUAUUAUAAAUGCACAGUAUAUAGCUGGCGAUAUGAUGGUAGGAAACCAGGAGCGUUAUGAGACUAUUGCCAAUGGAGCAAGCCAAGUAGAGGGACACAAUGAUAAUGUUGUUGGAGAUCUAGAGGCAAAUGCAAACCAAAUGGCAUGGCACAAUGUUAAUGGUGUGGGAGAAAUUGCGGAUGAAAUAGCUCAACCCCUUACUUCUACUGUAAGAGAAAUGGCUUUGACAGGAAAUAUGGAACAUACUGAUGGCUUGCCAGGUUUGAUGCAGGACCAAUUAGUGGAGAUACCUUUGGCCUUGGGUCUUGAUGGUAUUGAACAGUUAACAAGGAAAGGAAAUGGUGCAAAAGGAGGUUGGGCAAAUGAAAACUCCAUUAGUCUAGUUAAUAGAAUGUUUGUUAAGUAGAUCAUUUUGAAACAAAACUGAUAGUUUAUAAAUUAUUCUGAAAGAAACAAUUGUUUUUAGA